CUUCACAAAAACCCUUUCAUUUAUACCUCUCUCCUUCUUCUACACCCUCCCAACUCCACCCCAACAACACACUUCAUUUUUUUUUUUAACCAUAAAAAUGAAAACCAAAAUCUGGGUUUUGGAGAUCCUCCUCUUUCUACAUUAUUUCUUUCUGGGGAGAGCAAUGGCAGCGGAGGCGGGGAUGCCGGUGAUGGCGGCGCCGGUGGAAGGGAACACGACGUUCAUAGAUGGGACUACGUGGUGUGUGGCGAAGCCUGGAGUUUCACAGAUUGAUUUGCAAAAUGCUUUGGAUUGGGCUUGUGGAAUGGGGAAAGCUGAUUGUAGAGCGAUUCAAAAGGGAGGGCGUUGUUAUGAACCGGAUACCCUCUUGUCCCAUGCGUCUUAUGCAUUUAAUAGCUAUUAUCAACAAAAUGGCAACUCUGAUAUUGCUUGCAAUUUUGGUGGUUGUGCUACUUUGACUAAGAAAGACCCAAGUUAUGGGAAAUGUGAUUAUUCAGCAUCCAGUUCGACAAACUCGGCACCUUCAAAAUCCAAGAACAGUCCAAGCCAUAUCUGCCUGAAGUUGCUUUCUGGGGUUUUUGUGGUUCUAAAUCUAUAUUUUGGAAGCUAAUGAAUUAUUUGAUUUUGGAUUAAGAGCUUAGUUAAUUAAUUUUAAUUAACAAAAGCCAAAGUUGAAUCUGAAGGAAAGGAGACAAAAAGAAAAGGCAAAGAAUAUUGGAUGAGUUAAUCAAUUAAUUAACAUUCUGUAAAUUGUUAUGAUUUUUGCUUAGUUUUUAUUCUUCUCUUUGUCGAUGGUUUAGGAAUCUUAGUUUCAUUUUUCAAGAUUAUUCUCAAUUUAUUCUUACUUUCUUUUGUAUAAUCCUUGCCUUUAUUUAUUAUUAUUAAUAUCUUUUUUUUGGGUUUUCCUUUAUCCAUUAUUCAGAAAAAAAGGAAUUGUUUCCUUAACGAUGGAGGCAAGUAAUUGUAAUUUUUAUUUUUAGUCACUGCGUUCGGAAGAAUUUAAUUUGAAUCUUUGGUUCUUGAAUUUAAAAU